GUUGUGAUGAAUUUCCAAUUGUGGUGAAUUUCGAGAACUGAUGAAUUUCCAGUUGUGCUGAAUUCCCGGUCCUGAUGAUUACUAUUUCAGGCGCUGCCUGAGCUACUGAUUGUUUCCAAUCUUGCUGAUUUUCGUUUCUGGUCAAUCUCCCUGUCCUGGUGAGUUUCCCCGUUCGGGCGAUGCUGCCCGCUGGUUUGUGCUUACACGUUUGCCACAUCGGGUCCCCGUGAUCCGUGGCUGGCUCUUCCACCGAUUGUUUUCUCCUUGCUGGUAAUUUACUGUCGCUCCGUUCCAAUCCCGCAAGUUUGAAAACCCCUUCUGCCGCCAGAGUGCCAGAUAUUAAUAUGAAAUAUACAGUGAUCCGCAAAAUUGCUUCUGGAACGCCUCGGCGUGACGCAACCGGGCGUAUUUAGGUGAAUUGGAGAAGUUGGGACUCAGGCUGAGAUUUGAGCCGUUGGCUGAUUCCGACAGCACAGAAAACCACAGAGUGAAGCAAAAGAUCAUCUCGUUUCCGCAGCGAACGGUGGAAGUACCUUACGCCACUCUUGGAUCGGGAUACCCUGGACGCUGUUACCAUGUCUGUUCUAACUAGGGUGAUCGUCUUUCUCGGAACCUUAACAUUUACCUCACCAGCAGCGGGAGAUCAAGGAGAAGUGCCAGUUUCAGUCCUCUGUUCCACCAGAGCUGCUGCCUUCAAAGGGGACCAGGUGGAUGUGCUGUGCCCACCACAUUGUGAUUUUUCCCAGCAUGAAGUCUGGGGAUCUGGUGUGUAUGCCUCAGUCUCCAGCAUCUGCUCAGCUGCUGCUCACAGCGGUGUGAUUGACACCAUGGGAGGACUGGUUCGUUUUAAGAUUCUACCAGGACAGGUUGGUUAUCAGGAUUCCUUUGCAAAUGGGAUAAGGUCCUUACCGCUUAAUCGAUGGAUGAGCUCCUUUUCAGUCUCCAAAGUGAAGAGGAAAGGUCUUGAAGUAUCUGGACUGCCAAAAGCAACGGUAGUUCCAUCUGUACGAGCUAUAAAGAAAAAAGCUGCAAAACAUGGGAAAAAGAAUUCAAAACCAGUAAACAAAGAGUGCAAAGCUGAUAUUGCCUUUUUAAUCGAUGGGAGCUGGAACCUUGGUAAACGCAGGUUUAACCUACAGAAGAAUUUUGUCAUUAGAGUUACCAACUUGCUUGGUAUUGGGCCAGAAGGGCCACUUGUUGGCAUUGUACAAGUCAGUGACAGUCCUAAAACUGAGUUCAUGUUGAAGGAUAACACUAAUUCAAGAGAUCUUGUUGCUGCCAUCAAAAAUGUGACAUAUAGAGGAGGCAACACCAAUGUUGGUAAAGCAUUGAUGCACACAACAGAAAGCUUUUUCACUGCUAGCAAGGGUACACGGACUGGAUAUCCAAAAGUUGUGGUUGUCCUGGUGGAUGGAUGGCCUUCAGAUGAAGUUGAAAAAGCUGCAAGUCAGGCCAGAGAAUCGGGCAUUAAUGUUUUUAUUGUCUCAGUUGCAAAAGCCCUUCCUGAAGAGCAAAAGAUGGUGUUAGACCCGAAUUACACAGACAAGAUUGUUUGCAGAAACAAUGGAUUCUUUUCUUACGCUAUCCCAAACUGGUUUGGUAUGUACAAGUUUAUAAAACCUUUAGCACAAACAUUGUGCUCUUACAACCAGAUGACAUGCAGCAGAACAUGUCACAAUUCAGUCAACCUGGGCUUCUUAAUUGAUGGAUCAAGCAGCGUUGGGGAUAGCAAUUUCCGCACUGUUUUGAACUUCAUCAGUGAAAUUGUGAAACCCUUUGACAUUCAUCAAAUUGGUGCAAGAGUUGGUGCUGUGCAGUUCACAUAUGAUCAGAGAACUGAAUUUGAUUUUGAUGACCAUAUGACAAAGGAUGAUGUGUUAAAUGCCAUCAGCAGCAUCCGUUACUGGAGCGGUGGCACAGCCACUGGAGAAGCAAUUACUUACACCUCAAAGAACCUCUUUGAAAAACUGAAGAACAACAAUGUAAAUGUGCUGAUUGUCAUUACUGACGGUCAAUCUUAUGAUGACGUUAAGGUUCCAGCGACUUUGGCACAACAAGCAGGUGUCAUAGUUUAUGCAGUUGGAAUUUCGUGGGCAAUGCCAAACGAACUCAAAGCGAUGGCUUCAGAACCGAAGGAUUCACAUUAUUUCUUUGCAAAGGAUUUCCCAGUGGUUAACAAGUUGGUGCCUGAUAUUCUUAAAGGAAUUUGCAAUGACUAUUCAGAAAAAGCAAUGUGAUCCAACAGCUGCCUUAUGCCUUGAUAUUCGAAGAGAAUGAACUGUCUUUUACCAACAACAUAUUAGAUCUCUUAUGACAAUACUAACAAACAUGCUAGUGCAAUAUUUUGUAGAAAUCUAGGCCUGACUAUUAACAAACGGUCCUGCAUGUGCUAUUACUCCUACAAACUAUCCAAAUUGAUAGCAGGAUUGGAAAAGCUUAAUUCAUUACAUUUAUGUACAAAGAUGCAUUUAUAAACAGCUUGUAUUGUGCAAGAGAGACAAUUGCAUAUUUGAGGAAAAUGUUGUUGCAGGUUCAGUGAGUGUUGGAAAAAUGUUGUUGGCCAUUUGAUUUCAGUGACAAGUAACCUCAGUUAAAGAUUUAAAUGCGAAAUGCAUUUAAAGUGUCUUGUUUGCCUGAAUGUUAUAUAAGCCACUCCGCAAAAUAUCUUGCUGUUUGCAAUAAAUCCCACAGUCUGUUAUUAUAUUUGAGUGGGGAAGUUGGUAUCAUAUGACGUAAUUAUAGUCCAGAUUAAUUUAGCAACUUUCCAAAAAUUGUUAUUCAUUAAUAAAUAAUCCUCCUCAAAAUAGAACCGAUCCCAAGCACUGAGUCUCGCUAAAAUGUUUUACAUUUUCAGAAUGUUAUAUAUUCUUUCUGUGAAAUACAAAAUGUCUUCCAAAACAAAUUUAUGGUGGCAUGAAUCAUUUAGCAGUGAAACUUUCUAUUAUGUAAUUUUUAAACUGUUUUACUACAAACUAUUCACAAUAAUCUUACUGGAUUGGUUGCAAGAUCUGUCAGAAAUAAAGUCAUUAUGGUAGUUUGAAAGUAUAGCCCUUCACUCGUGUUUUUUUUGUAAAACAAGAUUCUGUAUUUACUGUUAACUUAUCAUAAAAUGGAUAAUUGCAUUCUGCA